AUGUCUACACAAGAAGACGAAGUUAGGCUACUUAUUCAAAACCUACAAAAAUGUAAUAACACAAAUGAAUGUAUAAAUUUCGAUUUGGCUAGCACAAUCCAAGAAUUUUUAAAUUCGCUAGAUAAAAAUUCAUUUGAAGAUGUUGAUAAAACAAUAAGAGAAGAUGAAAAUGAUUUAAUGAAUAGUUUUACGUCUGCAGCUAUAUUUCUUGAAAAUUGUGUAAAAAUUUUUGGUCUUAAAAUUGAACAUUUACAUAACUUAGCUCAUAAUACAUUAUAUAAUAUAUAUAAAGAAAAUAAAAAUAGCAACUCAAAUAAAAAACAAUUAUUAAUAAUUGAUGAAGAAGAAUAUUUAUAUAUUAAUGAAAUCAAAAAUUUAAAAAAUACAAUCACUGAAAAUGAUAUUAUAGAAGAAGAUUUAUUAGUUAAAACAAUUCCACUUCCAACAUUCUUAUUUACAGAUCAUAUAAAAGUUAGAAAUAAAACAGAAAAUCAUAUAAAUGUAAUAAAAUGUGAUGAACAAGACAAUAUUCCUUAUGUUGAUACUGUAGGAAAUGAAUAUACUACUUCUAUCGAAUCCAAAAUUAUGGAUUCAAAUUCAACAGAUAGCUAUAAAAAUAUGGAUAGUCUAAAUCUUAUAGAUAAUAAGCAAACAAUACAAAUGAAUUCAGUAAACUCACUAAAUUUUGAUAAACUUUUUUUAGAAAAUGAUGGUAUAAUUUUAUUAGAUAUAAACGAUUACAACAUAUUUAUAAAUGAUGAAUAUGAUUUUACUUUACAAAAUAAAAAUAGUACAAUCUUAUUUGAAAAAUAUGAAUUUUUUUCACGAAACAGUAUUUAUUUAUCAAACAAUUUAAGUCGAUAUAUACAUGAACAAAAUACUAUUCAACAUACUUAUAAAAUAAAUAACAUCUAUGAUAUUACAUCUUUAAGAUUAUGUACAGACACACUUCUAUUUAAAACUGAUUUUUAUUCCUAUGAUCUUGCAUUAGAUAUUAUUAAAAAUAAAAAUUAUCUAAUUAAUAAAUUUGAAAAACAAAAAAAGAAAUUAUAUAUUCUCGAUGAAACUACUCAUAAAGAUCAUAAAUAUAAUACCAUCUAUAAACAAAAUAUUAAUUAUUGUGAUUAUUGUGGUUCUAUAAUUACAUCUAUAACAGAUGCAAACGAUCCAAACCCUCGUUGCGUCUAUUGUAAUAAUAACGAAAAAAAUGGAUUCUAUAAAAAACUUCCAGGAUACUAUAACUUAAGUUGUUAUAAUAUUACAGAGACAGAAGAUUUUCUAACAUAUAUGCAACCAAAUAAAAUCAUAGACAUUAUUAUACAAAACGAAAUUAAUGAACCAGAUAAACCCGAUGAACAUGCAGAAAAUCACAUCCUUAAUCAAAAUGAUGAUAUGGCAGAUAAAGAAAAUAAUUACAAACUAUCGAAUGAUCAAAAAUUAUUUAGACAAAUAAAAAUACCACCUUUAUAUAUACAAAAAUUAGGAUUAAAUAUAGAUUACUAUUAUUUAGAGCCAUCAAUAUAUAAUUUAAUAAAAAAAUUAAAAAAAGAAAAAAAUGUAGAUCGUUUUUUUUCCAUAAAUUUCUAUGAUGAAAAUGAAAUAUAUGAUACAGAAAUUUUAAAAGAUGAAGAUUAUCAAGAAACUAAAGAUGAACAAAAUCAAACAAUACAAGAAACAUUAACUAUUGAUACAUUUAUUAAUAUUAAAUCUAUAGAUAAUCAUGUUAAUAAUUUUCCUACAUCCAUUCUUAAAAAAACUAACUCGAAUAGUUCAUUGGCAUUUGACGACAAGAUACAGGACAGGGUAAACACGUGGAGCAACUUCCUUGAUAAAAAGCUCGAGCUACUAAAAAGCCAACCACAAUAUAAUGUAGAGAAUUAUAAAAAUAAAAUCCUCAAAUAUAUCAUUAACAAUGGUGAUAAUAUAUAUUUAUCUGAUCUAAUAAUGAAUAAUGAAAAAUACCAAAUGUAUAGAAAUUUUUUAACUACCCUAAUGCUGGUAAAUACAAACAAAUUAAAUAUUACUGAAAUAGAUCAACAAAAUAAUUCAAAUAAUAUUAACAACUAUCAAGUGAACAUAAAAAAUAUUAACGUCAAUGAAUAUAUGAGCUUUCCCGAUAAUUUUGAUACAACUAAUUUUACUAUAAAAGAUAAAAAAAGAAAAAUAACAGACAAAUUGCAAAAUAUAGACAAUUCCUCACAUCUAGAAAAAAAACAUCAUACUUAA